AUGGUUAAUAUGAGGAUAUCUUUGCAUAUAUAUGAUUAUGGAUAUUAUAUUCUGUGCAGGUUUGGUGUCAGAUGCAAUUAUGCUAAAGCAACUGCAUGGGAUGACUUCAAACCUGCUACAAUAGAUGUUGUAGCUGAUGUUAAUAAUGAAAGGGUUGUAGUCUUAGGAGGCAGCAGUUUUGUUGGCUCUGCUUUGCUAUAUGCAAGGCUGCAUGCAGUAACAAAGGGCAUAGAGGUCAUAAGUCUAAGCAGGUCGGGUUGUCCUACUUAUCCAAGUUCAUGGGUAGAUCAGGUAAAUUGGAUAGCAGGAGAUGUUUUCUAUGUGAACUGGGAUGAAGUGCUGGUUGGGGCUACUGCAGUGGUUUCAACCCUUCGAGGUUUUGGUAGUGAGGAACAGAUAAAAAGGAUUAAUGGUGAGGCUAAUGUUGUUGCUGUGAAUGUUGCAAGGGAUUAUGGGAUUCCUAAGUUUGUCUUGAUGUCAGUGCAUGAUUACAAUUUACCAUCAUUUUUACUUUCAUCUAGAUACUUCACUGGAAAGAGGAAAGCAGAGUCAAAGGUUCUUUCCAAAUAUACCAAUUUUGGUGUUGUAUCAAGACCGGGCUUCAUUUAUGGGAAAAGGAAGGUGGAUGGCAUCGAGAUUCCUUUGGAUUUGAUCGAGGAACAACUGGAGAUGAUUCUACGUGCUGUCGAAAACUUAACUAAACUUUUGAGUUCUCUUCCAGCAUCUGAUUUGCUCUUGGCUCCACCUAUUAGCAUUGAUGAUGUUGCACCUACAGUUAUCAAUGCAAUAUCAGAUGAUGACUUCUUUGGCAUUUUUACAAUUGAACAAAUCAAGGAAGUUGCAGAAAAAGUGAAGGGAUUACAGAGGAAUCCUGUAAUUGCUUUUAUUCUUUUUCAAGCUAAACGACAAACAGGGAUGUGUAACAGAUUCAACAUAACAACCACUCCAUUUCCGGCUAAAAUGGCAUCAUUUCCUGGCUUCUAA